AUGGACGUACUUUCGCAUUAUAAUUCUCCGGUUAUAGAAUUCCCAGCCACCCAGCCAUUGGAGAAGCAAUAUGCUCUGGUGGACAACUGCACCGGUACCGAUCCACCGCCUCCCAGCAAGGAUGCGGGAACGGGAACCCAGGAGAAACAGAGUAUGGCCACCCAAACGGAGCAGGUCUGGACGAGGGACAAGGAUGUGGAGUACGAUGAACGGGCAUUGGCCAAGUUUCUACGAAACAUGUAUCCCACAAUAGAACGAGAACUGAUGAAUCCCACUCCCUUGAUCGAGGAGCAGGAAAUGAAUCAGUGUCGGCUAGAGGAGGAGCUACGAGUGGUCGCAUAUCAAAAAAUAAGUAUUGAGGCGAUGGAGAACUCGACAGGUCUGGCUAUUUGGCUCUCGGUUCAUACGAAUAAUGUUCCAGUGUUGGUGGUCACCACAGUGGCGCCCCACGAUGACUGGUGUGAACACACUGACCAACAGCUAAAGCUCUUCGUGCCCAAGAGGAUGUUCCACUCGAAUCUGGUUUUGUUUGAAGAUCCGCAGGUGGUGCCGCUUAAGUCUUGCCUCAGGAGUCUAACCACGAAUCCCUACGAUAAGAAUAUGUUUGCUGGUUCCACCAUGGAUGGGGAACUCAUCGUCUGGCUUUAUGAACCGGGACGGAGUGUUCACACUGGAGAUGCCAGUGUGGAUAUUAAACAGCUCUAUAGCUACUCCUCCACCCAGGGACCUGCGGUAGCGAUAGAUUGGCCGCAGGAGCAUCUCCUCCUGGCUUGCUACAGUAACGGAACAGUCCGCCAAUGGGACUUGACCAAGCACAUGUAUCUCGAUUGGGAGUACUCCUUACCCGCAUCCGUGACAUCAGAACCCACAGCUAUGGUGGCUCUGAGCCAAGAUGACUUCGUCUUAGGAACAAACGAUGGAGGUGUCUACCGGUGCUGGUGCACGGGUCGCCAGGUGUCGGCCAGCAAAACGAUACAGACUUACGUUUUGAAUCGACAUCGUUUCAUGGUGUCCACUUUGGUCAGGACCGAAAUGGAGGGCAGUCCGUACGUGCUCAGCUGCGAUCUGAGUGGAGAAGCCUUUUACCAUAACGUGCGACUUGCUGAGGAGGAUCAGGCAGUGGUGGUACAGAUUCCACUCCCCUUCAAGAAUGCUAUUGCCUGCGGCAAGAAUGGCAGCAUUAUCUAUUGUCCUGCCAACGAUGGAGCCCUGGAGUAUUACCGGACUAGUAAUGGAGCACAUGGUCAUGUGAAGGGAUCUCUGCGUGGAAAGGGAAGUUUCAUCCGAUGCAGUGAGAAUGGACGUUGGAUCAUCACCGGGUUUUAUGGAAACGACUUUCAGGUUUUCCAGGCAGAAUUAUAA